AUCAACUCGCGUGGAACUACACGGACCAGCCCAACAAAGAAAUGCAUCACGGGCGAUUCGAGGCCAUCAGAUUUUGAAAGGACAACAUGUACGUGGCCAUGAACCGGUUCUGGGUCUGGACCGAAAUGAGUUUUACGCUAGCUGUAGUCCUUACCUCGGCCAUCGACAACGGCAAGAUGAACGGCUCGCUCGAACCGUACCCCGAUUGGGAUAUGCAGAACAGCAACCACUGCUCGAGCUUUCAGUCCGUCCAAAGUAUGGAGAUAGACCUGGCGGGCAGAAUGUGGCUCCUGGACAGUGGACUGUACAAUCGUGUUCAGUGCUCGGCUAGUUUGAUGAUUCUCGACCUCGAGGACGGGGGCAGGCUACUCACGAACUACACUUUUCCUGCGGCAGUGGCCAGUCCAGGGAAAGCCAAGCUCGAUGACAUGGUGCUGGACCACGAGGACGGAGGUUUCGCGUACAUCAUCGACAACUACGAGUCGAGCUUGAUCGUGUUUUCGCUGCGGGAUUUCACCUCGUGGAAAAUCGAGAAGAGCUACGUCGACGUACUGGCGCUGUCGCCGGCGUCGAGGAAAGGCCACCGAGUGCUCUACUACGUGUCCUUGUUCGAGGAUAAGUUACUCGAGGUGCCAACCCACGUGCUCAAGACUGGAAAAGUACGGGGUCACAUCAGCCAGGUGGCCAAGGAGUUGGCCGUGAUGGCACACACGACGACGCCAAUAUGGACCGGCAUGACCAUGUCCAACACCGGCAGUAUGUUUCUCACUGCGCAAAACCGGUCCAUCUACGAGUUGAAGUCAAACAUCGUGCUCGGCGAUUCUGGUGUGUCUUGGUCGUUUGCUUCGCAACAAAAGUACGAGUGGACCAAGAAUUUCCGUCACUCGUUGCGCAGCCCGACCUUCGACGAGAAGAGCAACCUUUGGUUCAUCGGGUCCAUGUUUUCGGGAAACCUGGCUAGUGUACCCCUGGACGUCAAAAUGAAAAAUUAUCAGUACUACGAGAACGGCACUGCACCGAAAUUGCCUUUCAUCGCUGACUAA